GUCCGCGCGUCAGACAAGAGACAGGGGAGAAGAAAAAGAGACGGCGGCGGUGUGAAUAUGCCGGGGCGGACGGAUGAUGGGUCCUGCCUCCCCAGGAUACUUCGCCCCCCGUUCCGCCGCUGCAGUGCAGGCUCCGGGAGAAGAAAAGCACUGGGAAGGAGCUCCGCCCCUGCCGGUCAUCCGACCCCACGGCACCCAAUUCUUGACCCGCCCUCUCUAUUUCGCGCCGUGAUGAGUACUUACUGCUAGUGCGUUUCUUCAAUCAUCUCUCGCCUCCCAGUUCCAGUCCGCCGUUGCUUGCCCUGAAUAACCGCGGCGUCGUUCUGGCCGCCGGCCCCGAGCUAACAAGUUGGGGAUGGAGCUGAAUUCUGGAAUCUCUGUGUUCGUUUCAAUCUCCUCGAAGGAGCAGCGCGAGAAGAACAAGAGGAGUGAUUAAGAGAGGGGGGAGGCGGAGUAAAUGGAAGCCGGGUUUCUGUGGAAGGAGAACGGCGACCAGGCCGGGGCGGCGAGAAUGUCCGGCGGGCACAAGAACAAGAGCCUCGACUGGGAUCUGAACGACUGGAGAUGGGACGCCAACCUGUUCCUGGCCACGCCGGCGGCCGCCGCGCCGUCCGAGUGCAGCAGCAGGGAUAGGGGGCUGAGCCGGGCGCGGGGGGAGAUCGAUUUCGGAGUGGUCGUCGACAAGAGGCGGCGGCUCUCGCCGGAGGAGGACGGCAGCGCCGGCUGCAGCAACAACUCCGCGGUGGCAGAUGGGGACACCAAUCACGUGGUGUCUGUGCAGAGAAGGCAGAGCAGUGAGGAGGAUAGGCCCAGGAAAGGAGGUGCCAGUUCGAGCACCCCUCCGUCUUGCCAGGUCGACGGCUGCCACGCCGAUCUCAGCGGUGCCAGGGACUACCAUAAGAGGCACAAGGUAUGCGAGGCGCAUACCAGGACGAGCUUGGUGCGAAUCAAGAACAUAGAGCAUCGGUUCUGUCAGCAGUGCAGCAGGUUUCACCUUCUUCAAGAAUUCGAUGAAGGGAAGAAGAGCUGCCGCUCACGUCUAGCAAAACAUAAUGGAAGGAGGCGGAAAGGUCAACCGCAGGGUGUUGUGGAUGGGAAUCCCACAAAUGAAAAUCAGUCUCUGAGCAGCACCUUAUUCCUUUUGUUAAAACAACUUUCUGGGCUAGAGUCUGGUAGCUCUUCUGAGCAAAUUAACCAUCCUAAUUAUUUGGUUAACCUUUUGAAGAAUCUUGCUGCUAUUGCCAGCACACAGGCAUACCAAGAUAUUCUAAAGAAUGCAAAUUCAAAUCUAACAUCAAAUGCCGGUAAUAAUGCUGCGAAUGGCUCUACUAUGCAUGAACUAAGCAUACGGUCAAUUCCUGUCGGCAGUGAAUCUUUAGCUGAAGGGCCCCCAGUGAAAAAACGAGUACAGGAUUUUGAUUUGAAUGAUGCUUGCAUCGAAGAAGUUGAGAGCCGAACAGAUAAAAUUGUGUUCAAACUCUUUGGAAAAGAGCCGAAGGAUUUUCCUGUAGAUCUUCGGGAACAGAUCCUAAACUGGUUGUCACACUGCCCGACUGAUAUGGAAAGCUAUAUUAGGCCUGGUUGUGUUAUUCUAAAUGUUUACCUCCGUCUCCCUAAUUGGAUGUGGGAUGAGCUUGAUGAUGAUCCAGCACCUUGGAUAGAAAAGCUUAUUAGCAUGUCCAAUGAUGGCUUCUGGAGAACAGGAUGGAUGUAUGCUAGGAUACAGGAAUGUCUGGCAUUGAGUUGCAAUGGUAGUCUUAUGUUAGCAUCUCCCUGGCAACCAGUAAUAGGUGACAGGCUUCAGAGGCUAUGUGUAACCCCUAUUGCAGUUGAUUGUUCUUCAACUGCAAAAUUCUGUGUACAAGGUUUCAAUAUAGUUCAGCCAACCACAAAACUACUUUGUGUGUUUGGUGGGAAGUAUUUAAUACAAGAAGAAACACAAAUGCUACUUGAAGAUACAACCAUGCAGCAAGGCCCUCAAUGCCUGACCUUCUCGUGUUCCUUUCCUAGCACAAGUGGAAGAGGAUUCAUAGAGGUUGAAGAUUAUGAUCAAAGCAGCCUUUCUGUUCCCUUUGUUGUCAGCGACAAAGAUGUAUGUUCUGAGAUUCGAAUGUUGGAGCAUGAAUUGAGUUUAAGUUCAUUUGAUGAAACCUCAGAAAGAAUAGGUAAUCUGAUGGCUUCUCGCAGUCGGGCCUUACAUUUUUUACAAGAAAUCGGAUGGCUUCUUCAAAGGAGCCUCAUGCAAGCUACAUCUGAGCAGCGACAAUACUGUACAGAGGGUUUCUCUGUUGCAAGAUUUAGAUGGUUACUAUCCUUUGCGAUUGAUCAGGAAUGGUGUGCUGUUGUAAAGAAGCUUCUGAACACCAUGUUCCGGGGUGAUAUUGAUCUUGCUGUCUCCUCACCAAUUGAAUUUGCCCUAGGGGAAAAUUUGCUGGUUACUGCUGUCAACAAACGAUCAAAGCCUUUAGUUCAAUUCCUACUGAGAUACAGAACAAGAAAUUAUGCUCCAGACAGUGGAGCCAUCGAUCCAGUUCAGUUCUUGUUCACUCCUGACAUGACUGGUCCGUCAAAUAUUACACCUCUUCAUAUUGCAGCCACAAUCAGUGAUGCUACUAGUGUCUUGGAUGCUUUAACUGAUGAUCCUCAGCAGCUUGGAAUCAAAGCAUGGAAGAAUGCUCGUGAUGAUACUGGCCUUACUCCAGAGGAUUACGCUCAAAAGAGAGGCCACAUAUCCUACAUUCAAAUGGUUCAGGACAAAAUUGAUCGAAGACUACCCAAAUCUCAUGUCUCUGUUGCCAUCCCCAGUAGACCAUCUGCUCCAGAUACCGUCAGGAAGCAUGCUAGUCAACUGAAGUCUACCGAUCAAACCACGUUUAAUGUGGAGAAGAGCCCGCGAAGCAUCAAUCAACCAUUGAGCUGCAGACUAUGUGCCCAUCAGGUCCAUCAGCUCGCGUACCGACCCCAGACAGCUAGGUUUUUCUCGACUAGGCCUGCGAUGCUUUCCUUAGUUGCCAUUGCUGCCGUGUGUGUCUGUGUGGGAUUGAUUAUGAAGAGCCCGCCGCAUGUUAAUUCCAUGAAGCCUUUCCUCUGGGAGAAGAUCCGCUGGGGCCCAAAUUGAUAGACUGCACACGCAACAGAGCCAAUUCAGUUCUAUUGGUGUAUAACAAAGUACUGGUGCUGACAACGAGGCUAAAUCCUUGUAUUGGGCAUACAAUUUUAGAUUAAACUGCAAUUUCUGUUUUAUUGUACAAUCCAUGGAAUGCUCAACUUGCCUUGCCUAGCUUGAAACUCCAUUGCAUAUGCAUCCUGAUUCAGAGCGAGCUUUUACUU